UUGUUUAUAGCUGUAUAACAGAGCACGUGCACGUUGUGGCGCACGUGGGUUUAAUAUUAUCCCCACAGACAGGAAACGAUGCAGGAUUCACUACUCAUAGGAUUAUGUGACGGUGCUGUUGAUAAGAAGAAAGACACUUAUUAUUACACAAAUAAAAUCGGAGGAUAUUCGGACCUGAUACCUGGUGUAUCCAAUGCAUAUAACCAGUGCACACUAUGUGAUGGGUUCCUUAGUCAUGUUGUUCAGAUAUACUGCCCCCUUGCGUUGUCUUCAUAUCACCGCACCAUUCAUGUGUUUGCCUGCACAGCUCCAGUGUGUCAUGGCAAGCUGGAAAGCUGGAAAGUCCUCCGUUCACAGUGUUUGGAGUCUGAGAUAGAAAAAACUUCAGCUGGUCAGAGUUCUGACAGAGCGCCAGUUGCUACUACAGACUGGUGUGACGAUGCAGACGACUGGGGAAUGAACUCAGAGGAGAAUUUGGGCAGUGAACAGCCUGAGACCAAUAGCCUUACAGCAAGCCUGGAAGUCUGCAGCAGACUUCAAGACCUGCGUAUAAACAGGUCAGCAGAUGUCGAAGGUGCUGGACCAGUUAUAGACGCUCCUAGCUUUCAGUCUUUCUACAUCAGUGUGGUGGAAGAGGCAGACCUUGUAGGACAAAAUGACCUGGAUCAUGCCAACAGACUGCUGAAGGAGUAUGAGGAGAGGGAGGGCAUGGCUGUCGAGGAGGUUGCAUGUGAAGGUAAAGGAAAGGAGGAGGCAUAUGAGAAAGUCAAAGCCAAACACGGAGAUGCGGUUUUCUCCAGUUUCAUGAAAAGAAUAUCUCUGUGUCCAGAGCAAGUGCUUCGAUACAGUUGGAGUGGGACACCAUUAUUUAUAAUGGAACCUCCUUCAAAUAUGAAUCAGAUGGUGCCUCCCUGUGCACACUGUGGCAGUCCUCGAGUUUUCGAAUUCCAGUUAAUGCCAGCUCUGGUCAGCUUGCUCCGCAGUGCACAUUCAAGUUCAGAGUUUGCAGUUGAGUUUGGAACUGUUUUGAUUUUCACCUGCAGAGACAGUUGUUGGACAUCUGGAUCAACUAGUCCUAUUGAGGAAUUCGCCUUUGUACAAACUGAUCCUGACCAAAAGCUCUUUAAAUGAUAGCAAACAGCUUAUAAGACAAUAAAACAUAAAUGAACACAA